UGCCCAGCGUUGGGAAGAUCAAAGGGAAAGUACUCAAUCACAGAACCACCGAAGUAGAUACACGAGUUACAGUAGUGUUGCUCGUGAUUCAUUCCUAUUGCUUCCAUCUACUUUAAGAUAAGCUUGGAGCAGAUUAAAAUAUAUAUCAAUCUUGACUUACAUUUGAUUUUUUAAUUUAAACUGCUGUCUGAGAAUUCCCAAAAUACUUGGGAACGUCACGCAUCUUAAGCUAGACUUAUUUCCCCUGCCACGUCUAGUCCAUCAGGCAGUUGCUUAAAAACCCGGUUGCCGUGAAGCUUCCCUGCAAACAUCUUAAGAUUCAAAUCGGAUGUUAUUUUCUCAUUCCAUACUAAUCACCUGGUACUUUAAAAAACAAAAGCCACACUAGCUACAGAAGGGGCACAAAAGUGAUGACGUGAACAGAUUAUGUGCCCAAAUGUUCUUGACGAAACAUCUUCGGCCGCCUUCCAAAGAGUCUUAACCAUGUCAGACGCUGCUGCAUUUUCUCCCCUCUCCCCCCAAAUUUCGCCAUCCAAGGCCCGCACUUAGCAUCAUCUGCACGAGUCGAGUCGGCUGAGGCUGCAGAAGCUAUGGACCAUUGUGCUUCAUCAGUCAUAUUCUGCUGAUAGAAAAGGCAAAGUGACACUGACAGUCCUAUAAGGCAGAAAGUAGCAACCAUGGGCUGUACCUUAUCUUCAGGUCGGGUCGACAAUGGUGCCUGUACCUUUCGCGUCUACAAUGUAGACAGAGAUGGCAUUGAACUAAACCCAGGCAAGAUCCAGGUGUCAGCUACAGACCUAAUUUUAUACCAGAAAGGAAAGGAACCUAUUCAUUGGCCAUUGCGGUGUCUGAGAAGAUAUGGUUUUGAUGCAGAGCUUUUCUCCUUUGAGAGUGGUCGGCGAUGUCCUACUGGCUCAGGUAUCUAUGCUUUCAAGUGUCGCCAUGCAGAAGCAUUGUUCAACCUGGUGCAAGAGAGCAUUCAGCGAGCAGGGCAGGAAGACCAGAUGAGAGCUAGUGGCGGCAGUGGGAGCAUGACUGGGCCACGAGUCUUCCAAGCUCCCAGCUGUCCCAGCAGUCGUCCGGCUUCAUUGGCAGAACCUCUUGAGCAGUAUGGCUUCAUGGUUGCAUCUAAUGGCAGCAGUGACAGACAGAUGGCCUUGAAUGACCUGGGAUCUCAGCAGCACCUCUACAUCAACGGUACUGUCGUCCCAGACAGUAGUCACCACUACAUUAACACUGGCCUUGGUGGGCGUAGCAUGACAGAGGCCUUCUCAAUCGAUGAGGCAGCCCCACUUAUAGAUUUUAUGAACCGCCCAGGGCAGCAUAUGGGGCCGAGUGGGGGUCGUAGUCAGGUGAACUACGCUGUGUUAGACUUGCCUUCUUCCAUGGAGAAUUUGCUAGACGAGGAUGGUCAGGGUGCUGUCCACAACUUUCCACGCGCCAACCCCGUGUGCGCAUCACAUGCUUCUGCUGCUGCAGCUCUCAACCGCCUCUCCAUGCCUCAAGACUUGAUGGGUGCCCUGGGGCCAGAAGACAUAGCUCUGCAGCCAGCCGACUCUGAUGUGUUCCUUUCAGAUGGAGGUGACUCAGCUUAUAAUCGCACCUACAUCAACAUAAAUGAACCCUCACCUCCAAUGACACGCUGUUCCGAGUCUUCCGCCUCUGAGCCAGCAGCUUCAGGUGCAGGAGGGACUGCCACCGGCAAUGGCAACAGCAAGCCCAGUGGGGGUUUGUCUGUUGACCACCUCUAUGGUCCAACAGCCAACUACGCGAAUUUCAAGGUACAUGAAGUCAAUGGCGGGCUCCAACAACAAGCGAGGCAGCAGGAACCAACAGGCAUCAUAUACAUCCAGCUUGAUCUCAACCAAGUGCCUGGCUCUGAGUCUCAGGGCCAGCCUGGCGGUAACAGCAUUUCCCCAACAUCACCUACCAGCAUGGUGUCCAUAUCAGAGUCUCCAGGCUAUGCCACCAUAGACUUUGACAGGACAGAGGCACUGUCCUACUCCACUCGCGGCGGAGCAGAUGGAGAAGAUGAUCCAGGCAUACGCAAGACACGGCACAACAGCACUAUUGGCAUGUAGUUGGAUAUGAUCUGCAGAAAUGUUUCAUCGUUAAACCUCACCACCAAUAAGGGUGGCAACUGGGAAGAAAAACUGAACUAAGCCAACAUCGACAAAAUCUUUGUACUCAGAAUAGAAUGAGGAUUGGAUGUAGUCAUUUGUGAAUUGUUGAUCUAGCCAAGAACCCAGUUUUCUGACACAAGUCUGUGUUCUGGGAUUAUUCGUAAAUUACAGUCUACAAACUAAAUUUGUGCCUGCUUUUGUCAGGAUGUUUUGCUUCUCCUGGCAAUAGCUGGCAAAUGAGAAAACAAAAACAGGCAAGUUCUGCUUCAGGCCAGUCAUAAUCCAGAAAUAAUGAACUAAGCUGUCUGUGGGAUUAGUGUUUCGUUACAUUUUUUAAUGGGUUUUUUAUUUCAUAAAAUGUUUUUGUACUGAUGUCUGUUGAUGAAAACAGCAGGUCUGCAGCAGAGAGUUUUUUUGUUAUUUCCCAUCCCACACCACCACCAACACCACCAAGGGUAUGAUGUGAUCAAAAGAUGUUUAAUAGAGUGCAUUUGAAGGCAGUUAGCAGUUGGGGUUUUUUUUUUAAGGUAGUCAGAACCUACAGGCAAGUCAUUAACUAAGGUAUGUUCUACAGGGCUUUGUACCUGAUGUUGGUGUUUCCAUGUGAGUCAGCUAUCAGGUGUUUUAAAAAAAAUACCAGAAGGUGGGGGGGGGGUGAUUUCACUGAUCGUGUGUAAAUAUCAGUCAACAUAAGACAUGACCUCUAAGUAAAAAUGAUCAGAUCUUUAUUGUGUACAAAUACAUGGACAUAAAUAUAAACAUCGGUUUAUUUUGUCUGCAGGUCAUGAUGAAGACUUUAACCUGUUCACAUCUUAUUGAUUUCAAUACCUUUUAAAAUAUAUUUUUGUCUUUAGGAGGAGAGUGUGACCUGCUGGUGGCAUAGGUGUCAGUUGGACACAAUGAUGAGAGAUUCUGUUGACCAAUUUGUGCAAUAACCUGUUGACCAAAUGCGUUGUGAAAUAUUCAAUGUAUCUGUUUGAGAUACUGUGUAUAUUCGAUCUCAGGCCCACGCAUGCUUAGUCAGAAGCAUGUACCUUCAGGCCAAAAGAGAUCAUCUGAAGGAAUCUUCAUCAUUAUAAUACAAUUCAAACUCAGUCAUUGUCAUUUGUCAUUUAAUUUCUUAGAAUUUGUAGAAUUUACGUGGCAAUGUUAAAUUUUCUGGGUUGUUUGUUUUUUUUAAGUAAACUCGAGUUAAAACAAAUCUUGUUCUUGCCAUCAGGCAUCUAUUCUAGACAUUUUGAUUUUAAGGUCAAUAUUACUGCAAAAAGUAUUAAACAUAUACAUUUGCUCAAAAAAAUCUCUGGCGUGUUUGUUGCGUAGGGUAUACUCUUGUUGAAAAGAUCACAGUCACCAGUUCUUUUUAAGGAGCUGAUCACACAAUAGUCUUAUGCUAAGCUGUCUCUGAACAGAUGAUUCACCUUGUGAGGACAUCUUAUACUACAAUAAUAGAUGCAACAACUACAUGCUAAAAGUGGAGAUUUCAGGGGACGGGCACUACUGGCAUGUUUUUUUUGCCAGUGUCACCCUUGACCUUUCUAAUGAGUUGAAUGUUGAGAAAAUAUCAGUUAAUAGUUUUGAAGGGUAAGAUUUAUGCUACACGAGAUUGAGAUUGAAGUUUGCUCACAGUAUGGGCUAAAGCCUAUAUAUGUAUCCAAGAAAACAAUUAAAAUAGCCUCCUAGUUAGCUGUAUGGUACUUCAUUUUGAGGUAUGUGCAUCUCCUUUAUUCUAAAGUUUCAGAGGCUAUGGAUAUCUACAUUUUUAUUAUCAUAUCUAGCAUCUAAAACACAGACAUGUUUGCUGAUUGCUAGCAUCUAAAUCUGUGAAACUAGCUUAUUGUUGUCCUGUCUCUAGCAACUGAGAUUUCAUAUAGGACAGGUAUUUUGGCCAUUACCAUUCUGCCUUCCUUGUUUGUUAGAGUGUUGGGUUUUGUUUUGUGUGUGUUUUUUGUGAAGUAACCAUUUUUUGUUUUCAUAUUUACUCUUUUAAAGCAUAUUAGUUGACCAGUCAGGACUUCUCAUGAAGACUUCAUUAAUCUUUAGUUAACAUUUUGAUUUGAAUAGAUUCUUAGCAGUUUUUUUUAUCUUUAGCAUUUCUAUUUUUUAUUUUUUAAUUAUCUUUUCAUUUACCAAUGUUCACAGUUUUGAUAGCCAACUGGCCAACAAGGUGUUGAGCUAUACAGACCUGUCAAGCUAUUCAUGUCUUUUCAGAAGGAUUUUUGUUUUUCACUUUACUGCUGACAUUGAAAUGUUUAAAGUUUUGCACAUUUUUGCCUUCAGUCCGUUUUAUUUGUACUGUGCAGUCAUUAUGUGUAUUAGUUCCUAUGGCAAAAGGCACUGCAGAUACUUGGCUACCAAGUUUUAUCCCAUUUGACCUGUUUGCUUUCUUGACAUUAGAUUUACCUAGGAUCUAACCGCUUUCCACCCACACCCCUGAUGGUAGUGGUAAAGAUUGAAUUGUAAAUUGUUAGUCUUCUUAUAAUUUUCAUACUCUCAGAAAGUUCCAGCUCAGAAGUUUUUAAAGUCUGUGAAGGGUGUUUGACAGUUUGCAAAUGAACAUUAUUAUUAGAUGUACUAUGUCAGGUGGCAUUUCUUGUGAACAACAAAUUUUCGUGCAAGGUUACAUCUUUAGUAUUGCAAACACUGCAAUGUGUGAGCAGCUGUACAUAUUUUUAAUUGCAUUGCAUUUUAUGGUGUGUCAGUUGUCAUUUUAUGUGUAGUGCCCAUGUCUUAAAAUACAAAACAGUAGCACUCUCAUAUGAUCUCCUUUAUUUUUAUUUACUAAGCUUUAUUACUUCAUUGUCUUCAGUGAUUGGCAUCAGUCUUCUGGCAUUUUUAAAGGAAACGAAAGGUGAAGAAACAUUAAAGAAAGCCUUUUUUAAUGUAACCUGCUGAGGACAAAGCUAAGAGUUUUAAGAGGUCAUGGGCAAUAGCCAUACAGGAGAUAUGUUAAAAUAAUCUUGUUCACUGAAACAUGAGUAGCAUAGAAGUAAAACGUGCCAUGUUACCAGGUACCCUUUUCCCUAAUGUCUCAAGGUGAUGAGUCUCACAAUGAGGGUCUUUCCUUUAGAUUGGUGUCCUGAGGCUAAACCCAGUCAGCAUUUAGCAUUUUUGCAGGUGGGUGCCCUGCACAAACCAAAAUAUGGAACUCAAGCAUAUGUGCAUGGCUUAGCUGAUAGCAUUCUUUCACUGCAGAGUGUCUUUUAGGAGCUAUACCACUUCAGCUUCAUUGACUUGGAUUAAUAGAGAUUUGAAUCAAAGAGAGGUUGUGAGUCUGAAAAAGUCGCUUUCGCUGCCUGUUUUUACUGAAGUAAUAAGUGUAGGUAGUGGGUAGCAUAAACAAAAGCAAAAACAGAAAAUGAUGCAGGACUUAAUCCCACGUAGUCUGGCUCAUCCACCUUUUACUGUGGACUGGCAGAGAGAACAUUUGUCGGCUGCUACUGUCUUCAGCACCUUUCUUCUCGAGUGAGGGAAAAUGGACAGGAGAGGCGGAGCAUUUUGAAAGAAUAAAGCCCUUUUCACCUCAUUUGACUGUAGAUGUUCAGUAACAUUUGCAUGAAUAGCAUAACUAAAGCAAAAAUAAUUAGCUAACUAAUUUCUGUGUUCUUUUGUGUGGAUAUGUGUGUGUGUAGGAGGCCUGUUUGUGAAAAAAAUUGCACUAAAAAUAUUAUUUCUUAUUUAUUGCUUUAUAUAUAGCUUGGUGAUAAGGCAAGCUCAUCAUGGUGAAAUUUAAAGGCAGUUGGCAAAACUGCACAUUUUUUUUUUUCUGCAAGGAUUCAUUCCUGUAAUAAAAGUGGGAAGUCUGGUGACGCAACAGUUAGUGUCUGUCACCAAUACACUGAAGGUUGGCUGUCCUGGGGUCAGCUGUCAUCUUGGGCAAGAUGUUCUUUCUCUGCAUGUGGCAUCAGUUUACAGGGCUGGUUGCCUUGCUGUGAUAGCUUUAGUUGCUGGCUAGGCAUAAAACACCAAUGUCUCUCUCCCUCUCCUGUAAUAAAAAAUAAUUAUCUGUAACAGCUCUAUGAAUAUUUAUUAACAUAUAUCUUGCCACAGUGCAAAUUUUCACACUUACAGGAUUUUCACUACCACUUGUUAUUUGGGAAUCAAUUUCUGAUGCUACAACAUUCAUCUUUUACACAACUUUUCUCCAAGCCUAGCAAAGAAGUCCGAGUUUACACAGUAUGUGGUUGUUUUGCUCUUCGUAUUGAUGCUCGCAUGUUUUGGCUGACUUUGAUGAUGUAAUAUUAGGAUCUUGCUGAUUAAACACGGGUUUAUCUGAAAAUCUUGACAUGAAAUGUCGACCGCAUACUGUUGAGUUUUGCUGACCACAAAAGUUUUCUGUUUGUAUUGCUUACAACCACAAUUUUUGUCCUUCAAGUUUUAAGGCAUAUACUAUCAGGAAAGCAGGUAAUAUUGACUUUUCCCUGCCAUUUUUUUUUAAUUCACCAUUUUGACAGUUUAUAUAAAAACAGUUGUCUUUUUCACCCAUCUGUUUACAUUUAUUUGUCUGGUAACAGCAACUGAGUAGCAAACAGACUGAACCUCCGACACUGCUAUAACCACCGACAAGCACGUACUGCACAUUCGCUGAGUAAUUGAUGAAAUACCUUCAUUUCUCAUGCUUUUAUGUCUUGUACAGUAUUUGUGUGGUGUAAGUGCAUGCACGUAUUUUCACUGGCAUGUGGUGGUGUGGUCUUAAAGUAAGCAAGGUGCAAUACAAAAGAGCUGAGAGUCGUUACGUUGUUAUAAACCUUCAUUAAUUUGUGAUAUGACAUUGUAAGGAUUUGUUGAUUGUAGUGUUCAUUCAUUAUUAAGUUUCUUUGUUUUUAUGUGAUGUUUGUCAGAUUGCAACAGGGCUUUGUAACUUGACCUUCAAUGAUGUUUCUUAUGAAAAAAUUGAUGCUGCUGUUGCUGACCGUGCAUUUUACACUGUUGGAGCUAGUAGUCUCCUAACAUUGUUCUGCUUCCUGAUUUUUUUGGUUGAAAUUUUUAUUUUAGAAAAUAUGGAUGUUGUGAAGGUUGUCCAUCAUUUGCAGUGCAUUUGAAUAUUUACUUUCAAUGUGAUUUGUUUAAGAAUGUCUUCAAAAUGGGGGCAUGGUUUCCAAUAUGCUGGCACUUCAAGGGCUGAUUAUUGUUGUUGCUCUAUGAAGUGAGGAGAAUGAAGUUGGAUUAUCGAAAAAGUUUUUGUAAAAAGUUAUUUUACAGUGGAAGAAUCUUAACAAAAAUUGAAGUAAGUUUAAGUUUAUUUACUCUGACGGUCUGCUGUUAUCAGAGUACUUAACACUAGGCUUCAUUCUGUUUAUGAAUGGAUCUUGCCUUCUAUUGUUUAAUUUUUUUAAAUAACUUUUGUAUUGUUAUAUAAUUGUAACAUAUAUAUAUGGGAUCCUGGCUAUGUAUUAAGAGAUGCUAAGAGAGGAUCCAGGUUGCUACUGUCUUCAGAUUGCAUCUUCACCAUAUUUAUUGGUAAUCAGUAAUUUGAUUAUAUUCAUUUAGGAGGUAGGUUUUUACCUAGUAACUGCUGCCUGUGGGUGCACAAAUUAUGAUGUCUGCUGUGCGGAGAUUUGAAAUACAUACUACAACAGCAGAUUAUUAAAUUUAAUGCAUUUUACAGCCAUUAACCUGUAAACAUAUUUGUUACUGUUGUCCUUUUCAUUAAGAGUCACUUUUUGUUUGGAAUAUUGAGAUAAGAUUCUUCCUUCUAAUUGUUAUGCCAGAAUCUGCCUGCUGCUGCCUUGAAUUUUUAUACCAAAUUCUGCUGUAAAUGUUAAGGGAGACAUCAGUUUCUUUGUUUUUUGGGUUUUGUUUUUUAGUUGUUUUUUUAAUUGUGCUUUUGGAGAGGCUUCAGCAUUUUAUUUUUUAAUCUAGAAUUUUAAGAUCUACAGACAGUUUUCAGUAAAAUUUGAGACAUAAUUUACCUAAAGCUCUGGCAAAACUUGCAACACAUGAAUGGUUGUAGCUAUUUUCAGAGGUACAUGGGCCCACUUCCUGCAUCAGUUACUUUUUCUGAGGUUGUUUUGCAUCCUGAUCCUAAUGAUUACCAUGGACAGAUCAAUAUGGAAGAUAUCUGUGAACAGAAUACAAAAUGGGGACCUCUGAGUUAUUUGACAGACUCUUAACUUUAAACAACAAGAGCAUUUUAAAAAAUACAACCUCUUUGGUAUUACAUUGAAAUACUUUCUGUUCGUUGUAUCCUACAUACUUUUUGUUUUGUUUUGUUGUUUUUUUUUGUUUCAUAAUUUAUUUUAUUAAAUGAAGGUGCCAUUUGGUAAUCUAAGUUUCAGCUUUUCUUUCUCGAUGGAAGUUUCAUAAAGUUGGAGGCUGCGUGUGUGUGUGUGUGUGUGCCAUUUUGAGUUUGGUAAUUAUCUGUCUACUAGCUUGGAUAGGCUUCCUAGUCUUGGGGUUUCUGCAUUUUGAACUGUAUUUUCAGUUCAAUGCUUUCUCAGACCUGUGACCAUAAAGCUCAUUUUGGAAGGUCAAAAUAUGGCUUAGGAAAGGGUUGGGCUCUGUAUUCCACAUCCUGUGCCUAGAUGUGGUGACCCACUUACAGUUCACUUCUACCAGGCUAUGGGAUUAUUGUCUUUUUUUAGUUUUAUUUGUACAUGAGCAUAAUAAAAAAAUGUUUUAUUGUAUUUAAAGUGACAUACCUUUGACACUUUAGGAAGUCAUAUGUUGUGCUGAUUCUCAACCACCACAGAAUUUAUGUCACAAAAAUGGGUUUAUUCUUGUGGAUGAUCACAUUUUAUCUGUGCUCAACUUUGCCUCUUUUGUGAGAUUAGUAGAAAGUGGUAGUUUCAUUUAAACUCUAUCAUUGUUGCAAGUCAUUGUAGCACAGUGUUCACAAAGACUUCUUGAAAAUUCUUUCCAUGUUACAUUUUUACGUUUAUGGAAUAUACCAGGGAGGUGCUAAUAGUGCAGACAAAUUGCUGAAUUGUUGUAGAAUGUGUUGAAAAUCAAGUCAUACACUCCUUACAUUUUGAACUCGUUUGUGUUUCUGUGUGCAUGUGCUUUGUUCAUGUUUUUGAAGCAGAGUUGGUUUCUCGUGCCCUACGUUUACUACUGUUGCCCUUUAUCAUAUGUAACCUUUACAAGUUUUUUAAUAUAUAUUUUUGUUACCGUCAGUUGUACCUGACCAGGUGUUGUGGUUGUGUUUCUACCUUCCCCUAUGGUUAUACGGGACAGAACAAUGCAUGCAUGUGUGUAUAUACCUAUAUCUAUAUAUACCAAGGAUUCAGUGCAACAUGAGGCAGAUCAUCUGGUUGUUUUAACAGAAGUUGUGUGACUUUGACUCAGAUGAAAAUAAACAGCGUGAAGUACAGA